AUGUCUGGUGGAAGAUAUAAGAACGUGCUAUUAAUUGGCGCUUCUGGUAACGUUGGUAAAAAUAUUUUACCCGAUUUGCUUGCUGAUCCCGAUUUUAAAGUCAGUAUUCUCUCACGCACUGAUUCAUCGGCAAUUUUCCCAUCUAAUAUCAAUAUUAUUCAAGUUAACUAUUCAGAUAAAUCAGCUCUUGUUCAAGCACUAACCGGUCAAGAUGUUGUUAUUUCCGCUGUUGGUGGUGAAGCUUUAAUGAAAUAUCUAGAGAAAGUUCUGAUUGAAGCUGCUCUUGAAGCAGGUGUUAAAUGGUUUAUUCCAUCUGAAUACGGUUUCGAUCUGGACCAUUCUUCUGCUUCUUCUAUUCCAAUAAACAUUCAUCAACUCGAGAGCAUCAAAUUACUCAGGCAACAUGAAUCACGUAUUGCACAUACGUUUAUCUCGACCGGCGCUUUUCUUGAUAGGGGUCUCGACAGUGGUUUUCUGUGUUUUGACUUGGUUAAUCAUUCAGCAACACUCUACGAUGAAGGCAAGCACUUGGUGUCAGGUACGCUGCUUAAAAAUCUUGGUAAAGCUAUUGUUGCUAUUCUUCAUCAUCCUGAAUUAACUUUAAAUAAACGAAUCUACAUUGCUGAUGCGACAUUUACACAACAAGAAGUCUUAGUUCUUUUGGAGAAAUAUACAAGCACAAAAUGGACUGUGAAACAUACAACCACGGAAGAAACAUUGAAACAAGGACAAGAGGAAUGGACAAGGGGUAACUUUUUGGAUGCUUACAUCGCAUUUAUUCUAGGAUUGAUAUAUAAUGGUGAAGGUGCGUGUGAUUUUGAAGAUAAGACACACAAUAAAGCUUUGGGAUUGGAAAGAGUCUCAUUAGAGCAAAUCGUCAAUGAAGCUGUUCAACGAGUAGAAGCUGCUGCUCAUUAG